UUUUUUCAAAUUAAAAAAAAAAAAACCAAAAAAAACAGGAUCCAUCACCAUCGGCACCGUGACGCCGACUAGCUUCUUUUUUCUUUACUUAUGCAUCGCUCCAAUUACGCUGCAAUCGUCUCUCUAUGCUUAUUACUUAUCUUUGACCGAGUCGCUGUUCCAUGUUCAGCGAUAAAUAUCAUCAACUCGACCGACACCGUGUUUUCCGACCCAUCAUCGUCGUCUGUGGCUCGUCCCGUAUUUUCAGCGGCCUCAUUCCCGGCUAUCCGUGUCGUACUGUCAUCCGGUCUUUCAUCUAUGCAUAACCGAUCAUUUCAUCCCACAUAUACCAUGCCACGCAGCUUGGCCCCUCCUUUUCAGGCAAAACCAUCUUUUUACGACUCUGGCCCGGCCAUUGCCUUUUUCAUUUUGAUUGCAGUCAGUGCGGCUCUAUUCUAAUCUAUCGGUUCAACAGGGAAAGUUUCGUCGCAAUCGGAUGGUACCAUUUUUUUUUUGCAAUUCUUUGAUUUUUCUUGCUUCAGCCACCCUUUUCUUUUUUUUUUCUGUUCCUCCUCUGACACAUCCAGAAAAAUAGCCACGUGAAAACUCACCCAAUUGGUUCUCCCUACAACAGCAUAUUCCCAUUUGCUUGUAUUUUCAUUCUCCACUGUUGAACAGCGGUCCUCAUAUUCUCAAUACAUGGUCACUCCUCUUUUAUUUUUAUUUUUUCCCAACCUCUUAUGAAAUUCUGCCUGAUUAUGUUCAAUAUGACCUUUUUAGUGAUAUACCA